UAUUUUUGUUUUUCACUGAUCUCUCUCCCCUCUCUGAGUUUUUCUCUGUCUAGGGUUUUAACACAGAAGAGGACUUCAAUCAAAAUUCUCGAAUGCUAAGCUAAGCUUGCUAGGUUUCAUUUCAGAUCUUCAAAAUCAGUUUUACGGGACCUGCUAUUUCGCUAUUUGGUGCUGCUGUGGAUGACUUAAGUUGGUGAUCAGCACGUGGGAACUCUUAGAACCGGUGGGACCAUGAACUCCAGAUUUAUUAAUUCUAUUGGUAGCUAGCUGUUUGAGAUGUAUGGUCAGGGUAACUACGCAACUCAAAGUGGUCAAAAUGAUAACAUGCAUAGGCCUCAAAUGCAACAGUGGUCUCCUGCCUCUGGCCCCCCUCCUCCUCCUCCUCCUCCACCUGCUGCUCAGGCCUCACGUCCACCUAUAUUUCCACAUGGUCAUCCACCAGGACCACCCCAAGUUGGUCAGCAUGGCCCUCCUGCAUAUCAGCAUGCCCAUCCUGGUGUAGGUCACCCUUGUCCACCUUUUCCAGUUCCAACAAGUGGCAGUGAUUCUACUCAAUUUUAUCCGCUACUCCCUCCUCCUCCUCCUCCUCCUCCAUCUGCACAAGUUCAUGUAAGCACAUCAAUUCUGCAAUCUCACCAAGUCCCUGUGCAGCAUUCCCAGUGGAAUUUCAGUAUGCAUCAUGUUCCACCUUCAAAAGCCCCGACUGCUCCUAGAGUUCUUCCACCUCCUCCACCACUAAGUCAAAUGCCUUAUAGAGGUUCUAUUCGUCAGCCAUCACCAGACAAUAUGCAAGUUUUUCUUCAUAAUCUUCCUCGACCGUCACCACCACCACCACCACCUAAUUUGCAGAACUAUGGUUUUUUCACACCUUCCCAAUUUGACCCCACCACACAUUCGAGAAACCAUGAUUCUCAUGUACAACCUGCAGUUUCUGGUCCUCGGCCACCUUUGCCACCUUCACCUCCUGGGGAUCCGCCUCUUCCACCAUCUUCACCACCUCUUAUAUCUACCACUGCAAAUGCUAAUAGUGCUAAAGAUGAGGGGUCGUCUGAGCUCGAUGGAGGGAUUGCUUACAGCGAAGGUAUACCAGUAAAUAAGAAUUUAGACUCGGAUCUUCCAUCUUCUCCUCAUAAGCCUGUAUCAUUAGCAUUUCCAGGAGAAGUCUCAUCAGUUCAACUUAUUAAUUCAAUAAACCCAGCUCCGUCUCAUUCAGCUGUUGAUUCUGAUAUGGAGAUAGAAGAUGAUAUCACCCAGCUAGAUGAAGAUCUACAAAUUCAUCCUUUGGGGGCUGAGAAGCAGUUACAGGGUAGCUUAACUGAAGAUAUACUACAUCAAAAUUCGUCAGGCUGUGGACCUUCGGAGUCAGAGGAACAAAGGCGAGAUUCUCCAUAUCGAGCGCCUCCAAGUUUUCAUCAACCCUUCUUGGAUGAUCAUCUGCAGAUAUCGACUUCCCUGGAGAAAAAAUUUAGCCAUCCUAGAGGAUCACCCAUUGAUAAGGAGGUUGAUCUUGAAAAUGUUCACAGUCAGCUCAUGGAAGCUGCCAGCCCUUUUAGGCUAAUUCAAGGCUAUGCUUCGGACGACAGCUUAGACAAUGAUAAUGAGAAUUGUCUUGAAAAUCUUGGCCGUUUGACAGUUCCUCCACCCAGUGAAGUUGUUGCUAUAAUUCCCAAGACUGAUACUGAAAAAUCACCAAUAUCUUCAGUUAAACCUUCAAAUUCUGUUGCCAAAGAUGACCCCAAAUCUUUUGGUGCUUUAAAAUUUGAGGAUUCCAUUGAUCAUAGUAAUGGAAAUAGAUUAUCCUUGAAGAGUGAUACUGCGCCUGAAGGACUUUGUUUGGAAAAUAUUUUGGACGUUAAUGAUAAUGACAGUUUUGAUAUGCUUAGGGAAGAUGCUAAGGACAAAUCACCUACACGGAAGGUUGAUGAGUUUGGUAGAUUGGUUAGGGAGGGGGUCAGUGACAGUGAUUCUGAUGCUUCACGAAGGUAUAAGCAGAGACAUGGAAAAAGAGGAAGAAGCCGGAGAAGAAGCCGCUCUCCAUAUGAUAGGAGGAGGAGGAAGAGUCCACGGAAGAGAAAGGACAGGCGGGAUCGAUCUCGGAGCAUCUCUCCAAAGAGAUACAGAAGUAGAAGCAAGUCACCUUCUAGACCCGGGUCAACUUCUGGUGGUGACAAAAUAAGAAGGGACAGAGGUUAUCCUCAACAAUGUUUUAAUUUUCUUCGAGGCAAGUGUUACCAUGGAGCAUCCUGUCGAUAUUUCCAUGCUGAGCCUGAUAAGAGUGAUAGAUCAAGAUCUUACAGGAGCAAAGAUCAGCACCAAUAUCUUCCACUUAUUUCAAAGGAUUCCGAUAUGCACGAUUCAAAGGAUUCUCUCACACAUAAAAAAAUAGUGACUACACUCAAGAAACCGGUCCAUAAUCAUGGUGGAUUCAAAAGCAAGGAUAUUCCUGAUAUGGAAAUGAAAGAUAUGAAAGAGCCUGAACCUUCUUCUGAUCUCUAUGGAAAAGAGAAUCAAAUGGGGCCUGCUGACAGUCUAGUAAUUAUUGCUGAAGUGGAGAAGCUUCCUGGUGAUGCUACUGGGGCCAUGCCUUCCUCGGUUGGAUGUAUGGGGAUUCAUCAGUCUGAAGAUCAUGUCUCUGAUCAGAUGCUCCUAAAUGCAGAGGAGAAACCUCAAGAGAAAUGUGAUUCGUCUGUUUUGGAGUUAUCAUCUGUCCAGACAUCAUUCAUGGUCCCACCUGUCCAGCUCCAUCAAUAUGUGUCUGCUAAUGAUUUGCACCCAUCAGAUACACUCCAGGAAGCACCCUUAUCAGCUCCCUUUCCUUCAUUUCCACAGGCUUCAAGUAGUGCUUUUGCUCAGCAGAUGCCCAGAGAUCACAACUUCCCCCCACCUUUGAAUUCUGCAUAUAUUGGAAGUUCUCCUGCAUAUCAAACUCCAUUUCCUCAUCAACCAUCUCCAUUCGCUGUACCUUUGAGUUCCUCUUGGAAUUCUCUUCCACCACGUCCAGCACAGGCACAGGCACCACUCACGCAAUUUGUGAACGAUUCCUCUGGGAAUGCAGCUGGUGUACAACAUAGUGUUCCUCGAGUACAUUUUCAACCAAGUUUAGUAGUUCCAAGGAAUGACUUCUACGCAAGCACAUCACCUGAUAUUCCUCAAGUCGGUGAACGUCAUGCUUUUGUGCAGACUCAACCUAUCUAUUCUAGGGGAUCACCGAAUAGACCACCAGCUUUCCUCGGCGACUCUCUGGCUCUUGGUGAGCAUCCUGGUCCAUCUUCUAAGAGUUAUCCUUACAUGCAACAGCCACAUUCUGGUCCUCAGACAGCUAGUAUUUCUCGACAUCUUGUUGAGCCUGGAGUAAGUUCCUCUGUGUCAAGGUACACAUCUGAUUUAUUAGACCAGAAUCAAGCUCAUCGCUUGCCUGAUUUUGGUGGAUCCAGAUUUUCAAGUCAUUUCAAUCCUUAUGCUACUACAUUUGACCAGCCACUAACAAUGAAAUUCAGUUCGGACCCUUUAAUACAUGGAAGAGAUAUGCUCCCUAGUAGUAAAUACAGUGCAUUUAGUUUGAGUAAUAUGCCAAUUGAUGGCCAUCCUGCAGAAAGUCUUGGUUCACGAAAUAUUACCCCACCAUCUGCGCAUAAUGCUGAAGGAAAGUUCUCCCAGCCAGGUGGUAACCAGUAUGAUCCACUUUAUGACAGCAUAGAACCAUCUACUAACUUACUUAAGAAGUCUGAUCCUGGUCCUAAGCUUGAAGUAACUGAUUACUUACUUAAGAAGUCUGAUCCUGGUCCUAAGCUUGAAGUAACUGAUGACUCAGGCGUUAUGUUAAGGGUCAGUGGAUCCAAUGAACCACUGGAUAUGGAAGUAACCAAGGGGCAGAAAGCAGAUGGAGCUAUUGCAUUCACCAUAUCUGCAGAAAAUGAUGAAUUUGACGAGACAGCUGAGGCAGAGGUGGGUGUUGUUGAGAACAGAAGUCCAAGUGAUUCCAAUGAUGAGGAAGAUGUUCCUACAGCAGAGAUAGAGAUUGAACAGGUGAAGCCAUCAGGGGAGAAAAAUAAAAGCAAGGAAUCCAGAUCUAUGAGGCUUUUCAAGAUUUCAGUUGCUAAUUUUGUGAAGGAGAUGUUAAAACCAUCAUGGCGCCAAGGUAACAUAAGCAAGGAGGUUUUUAAGACAAUAGUCAAGAAAACUGUAGACAAGGUCUCUGGAGCUAUGAAAAGCCACCAAAUACCGAAGUCCAAGACAAAAAUUGACCAUUACAUUGACUCAUCACAGAGGAAAUUAACUAAAUUAGUCAUGGGCUAUGUUGAUAAAUAUGUCAAGGCAUAACUGUCUCGUUGGCUGCACCAGUUGGCAACAUCAGUUAUUUUCUGUGUAUCGUCACUAUAGAUGCUACUGUGAAUGCAUUCAAUGGCGUAUGCUUUGAAAUGAAGUGUUCCCGACAAUCAGUGAUAAUUGCUUUGCUGCUUAUUUGGACAAAAGCUUAAUAUGCAUGACUGCCCAAAAACAUUGAUGCCUGGAAUUUUUCCUUGAAUGAGAAACAUGGUAUUUCGGACUACUCUUUGGAGAGAAUGGGGGGUGGAGUGUUAUUACUGUACAACCAAUAUCUACAAAGUGUUGAGACCACAACAACAUAUCUAAAAGGGCAAAAUGUAUGUAAUGUUUUGGUUUAGUAUUGUUUCUUCUUAAUAGAUGUAUUGUUGUUCAAUGGGUGUUGUGUAUAUGCAUAUUAAUGGCAAGCAUGUUGUAUUAUUUCUGUGUUGACAUUCUCAUUUCAACUGCAUAAGUGAAAAAAAUUAGAAAACCA